AUGGCUCCCCUAGUCAACAUCCAAUUGAAGCCAGCAGCAGGCUGGUGCUUCAAGGUCUCUUCUCUAGAACCUGGUCUCCUCCCGCCACGCACACCUCAACCACCACCAAAUGCCCAAACAGCCUCGUCCUCCUCCCCAGGCGGUCUCCUCGAACCAACCGCGAACCAACCAAUACCUAUCCCAGCGGGCAUGAAAGUCUUUGUGAAUAUCGCAUUCGACAAGAACGUACCUCCACCUCCACCUGGGUCCGAGGAGGCCAUCCAGGCAGCAAUGCAGGGUGAAGCGCCGGUCGAGAGCAUCCAGAAGGCGAAGAAGGGGAAAGAGAACGUGAACGGCGGGUGGUACGUCCCCAUCAUCGUCUCCGAGCCCCGCUUGGACAAGGACAAAGCCGGCAAACCGUCGUUGGUCGUGGAUUGCAUCUACAACAACGAGGUCAAGUCGAGAGCACUGCGAGAUCCGGCUUUUAAACUCUUUCUAGAAGAACUGGCACUCCAGCGAACAGAACACCAGACUUCACUUGCGUUCUCCCGUAAAAUCGGUCGACCAAACAUCCUCUCCAAAGGGCCUCUCAAACCACGUACCGUCAAACUACCCGCGUCCCUCCUUUCCUCCCUCCCCCCUCCGGAUCCCUCAGAAAUACCCGUAUCCGGCGAGAAUGGUAUUGCCUACCACCCAGAUGCCAUCCCAUUAGUGAGCGUCGAGAGGAACGAGGAUGACUGGGCGCCACCUCCUCCACCUCCCAAAGGGAUCCUCAAGAAACCCGCAAUCGAGGUAAUCAGUGAGGAGAAGAAAGAGUUGGACUAUACAUGGAGUUGGGGGAAACUUCCUUCUGGCAAACUCCAGAUCACAAUCCGAAUUCCUGACCUGUCUACAUCCUCGAUCCGCCAAAACCAGACCCACCUGGAUAUCGAACCGCGCCGAUUCAUCUUGUCUAUAAACGAGGAUCCCGAGAGCAAGAAACCAGCUCAGGUCAUCUCAUUAGACCGAACACAAGCAGACUCGGAUUUGGUCAACGCCAUCCACGCGAAAGCACGAGCACGCGUCGCAGAGGUCACAAAACCUCUUAAAAGGGAGCUGACCUCCCUGAAAUCAGCAGUCGAAUCUGCUACAGACGAGAAACGCAAGGAACAGCUGAGAACACAGGUGAAAGAGAAGGAGGCAGAGAUCGCGAAGAAGAAGGACCAUGAACUCUCGGAAGGCGACAAAGAAGUCACCGCAAUGUUGUUGCUCAAGCGGGAGAGGGAGUUCGAAGUCGAUGAAGCUCCUUGGAGGCAAAGCAGGACUGCCUUUGCGAUUUACGAAGGGCACAUUGAGAUAACAAAGGACAUGUAA